AUGACCCUUCUUACAGGCGCAUUUCGUGUUGCUGCUGCAUCUACCGGUGCGCGCGCAAUGCUCAUGAAGCGUGCUGCACCUCUUGCUGUGCAAGUACGUGCCUACUCGGAUGAUGCCGAGUCUUUUGAAGACAUCAACAGCCGUUUUUUGCGGUUUUUUGACAAUGUGCAGGACGAUUUCGAGUUGCAGCGCGGCUUGAACAAUGUGUUUGGCUACGAUCUUGUCCCGUCUCCCGAGGUGAUCGAGAGUGCUCUUCGUGCGAGCAGGCGCCUGAACGACUUUGCGCUUGCCGUGCGUAUUUUCGAAGGUAUCAAGUUCAAGGUCGACACCUCGGAGCAGUACAAACAAUACGUUGACGCGCUUGCGUCUGUCCGCGAAGAGCUGCAGAUUCCGCUAAAGGAAGAGCUCUUCACCUCUUCGUAA